AUGCACUUGAUUCUCACCUUACCAAUCACAAUCACAGGCGUUGAUUUUUACAACGGUACUCCUUUCUAUUUGUUGUAUCGGUCAGCUGUCGCCUACGAGUAUGUCAGUUUCAAGGCCUCGAUGUUGUUGGUUUUUUUCGGGACACUAAAUGGCGUCUCGGUUUUCAUUUUUCCAAGGCUUAACAUCAAGUUAUUCAGCGGGAAUUCACUUAAAAUAAUAAUCAUCACUAUAUGGAUGGAUGCAAUUGGAGAGACCUGCAUCGAGACAUUCACCGAUUGCAAUAAAGCGUUUCGGGCUCACAGUCUUUCGUUCUCCUACGAAUGCACCCCAGCACAAGCGGCUAGCUUUCAAUUUCACAAUUUUGACACUUUUCAACGUCUCAUUUACCCAAUCGCUAUUCUCAUCGGAAACAUUUUCCUUUUUGUGUACGUUCGAUACGUUCGUCGCAUCGGUGCAACCGCCAAAGGAUCACUUCUGAGAAGAAGUGGCGGCGAGAUGGUGCUUUUAGUGCAGGGUAUUCUGAUUUGCGUGUUCACCGGCGGGAAUGGUCUGCUGUUUUUUGUGUUCAACUUUCUCCCGUCACUCAUCUCGAUCGAUCCAACUUCUGUCGUUUUCCCCCUUUUGCUCAUGGUGACCACUAUGGGACUCGCAAUCGCCCAACCGCUUCUCAAUCUUUGCUUCAACGAACCCAUUCAAGCGGCCGCGUUGAGAAUAUUGGCGAGAAAAUUUCCGCUGAAAAAGACUCAACGUGUGAAAUCGCUCUCGACAAACGCGUUAACUCUGAAGCCAAUG